UCUUUUCUAGGAAAUAACGAAAGAAAAUCAAGUCAAUUUCACGAGUCGCCAAUCUCUAAGCAGCGGUCGGUCCGAUUCUUUCUUUAGCGUUCGUUUUGUUACUUUUGUAUCUUCUAUUCCUCCUCUCGGUGCCUGAUUGGGCAGAUGGUCGGGGUUGCUUCCUUGUAUGAACCGCCCAUUUUUUAAACCCUUAUAAUGAUCUUUUCUUCUUCGUCUUCUUCGUGUUCUCUCUCCCGGUCUCCACGCCAACUGCGAAGAACCAGCAGCCUCUCAUCUUCUUGUCAUAUUAAAAUAGCAAAAGUUUAUUUAGACCCCUCUCUUUCUUUUCUAUAUUUACUUCAUGGAAUCUUAACAGACGUCCUUGGUCUCAUAAUUUUUGCUUAGAGAUCAGAUAGAGAGAGAGAGAGAGAGAGAGAGAGAGAGAGAGAGAUGGAGAAUUCAGCGGGAGUGGGGUUGUUGGCGGUCUGCGCAGUCUCAGGAAGCGUGGCCCUCAUCACCCUUCAAGCCCAGAAGCGCUCGCUCUCUAAUUUCAUGAAGAAGAUCGAGUCUGAACUUCAGGGUGUAGGAUCAUCAGAGAAGCACGAGGUCAGAAAGAAGGUCCGGUUCGCGGAGGACGUGAUCGAGCCGUCGUCGAACAACAGAGAGUACAGGCGAUCGAAAUGCCAAGCCAACGCCGCUCAGACCCUCGACAUGCCGAUGAACAGGCAGGUUCUGUACAGAGGGCUCGUCCAAGAUAGGAUGUACAGGAGCUGCAACGCGUCGUGAGAGUUUCUGGCCGUUCCUCUGUUUUAGUCUCUGAGGAUCAGGCGUCUUGGUUGUUGUUUCUUUUUCUGGUGUAUCAACUGUGAAUAGAAUUUCUGAGUCUUUUGUAUGGCCUGAAGCAGAAACUGGUUCAGCAUCUGUCAAUAGAAAGAAGAAAGUGUAGAUCUCUGUAGUUUCUUGGUGAUGUGUUGGGGGUUUGUGGGUUGACCUGAUGUGUCAAGGUUGUGCUGCGCCUGAUCUACAUGGAAAUGGAGGCAAAUUGGAAAAAAAAAAGUAAAUAGAACUACAGUAUGGUUGACUGUGUUU